AAAAAAAUUCCAGACAAUCACAAAUGUGCCCAUUAAAAAUACUCAAAGACGUAGAAGUUUUUCUUUUUGUAUAUUUAAUUGCACGACUCAUACAAUCACAAACAAUUUAUUUUCAAUCACUCAUUCAUACUUUAUUUGCUUAGUAUGGUAUGACAAUGGGUGAAAAACGGUGAUUUACUGAAGUGAGCAUAAUAAACUGGUGCACUUGAAGGCGCUGUAUGUGAAAGUUUUAAUUACUUUGUAAUCUUUUUAAGGAUUCAUUAAGGAAGUUUUUUUGGGGUUUUAGGAAUGAAAUUGGAAGUUAUUAAGUUUGUGUUGUGUCUGGUUGAUAUAUUUUUGUUGAAUUCAAUUUUUAAAUAGAUUGUCAAGGACGUUGACAUCAAUAGAAGCAUUAAAGUAAAUAUUAAAUGCAUUUUGAGCUAAAAUGUACCAAAAAGUUUUAUUGUGCGCUAUAUUCUGUAGUAAACAGUAAAGUGUCUCCCUAAAUAUGCAACAUAAUUCAAAACUUUAACCCAAAAUUCAACUUUCAUGAGAGAAAAAAAUUAAAUUCCAAUCCUAAACUUUAAAGUCUCUCCCAAAAUAUUCCUCAUCCUUAAAUUUUAAUUUUACAGCAUAAAAUAAUUUUAAAAUCCAAACAAUCUUUAAAACUCCGGAAGUUAUAUAGCCUAUCACUUCCACUUAACUCUAUAUUUAGCACCAAAUACGCAUUUUAUGGAUAUCAACACGAUUGAGCGCAGAAAAUUUCUUCUAGCAGUUUCUAAUAACUUUGUCGCAUAAAUGGAAAAUGAAAAACAAAAUUAUCUUGAAUUGGAAACCAUUUAAUUUUAAUUGUUAUUGAAGCACUUGCACGUUCUACAUUUCGCUGUUUUCAUUAAUGAGGGGGAAUUUUAUUGCAGCACGAAAACUUUUGAGGGUUCUUUUUGUAAAAAAUGUGCUAGACAAAGUUUUGGGGUGAAUUGAGAUAAAGUUACAAGGCAAACUGAAUGAUUCGCUGUUAAUCGAUUUGUUUGCAAGAUUAUUUUUCAUUUUGAGGAACUUUUUUGGACAUUUGGUGGCUAGAUGAGGAGUUUUUUGUUGGAUGGAUGAGCUUUUAAGGCGGUUUGAAAAUUUAAAUUUGUGAACUUAACCUAAAAUUGUUUUGAAUUUGUUGCUACUUGAAGUAUGAAUGUCUAAAGUUGAGAUUGUUAAAAUAAAUCUUAGCCAAUAUAAAGUAAUGUCAGGUUUAACUAGAGGAACCAGAGAAAAUCGAGUUACCAGUCAGGACCAAGUGACCAAGCCUUUGGCUUAUCCUCUAGGAUCUAAUAAAACGAUGAACUAGUAGAACAAUGAUCCUGCAUGAUUAAAGACUUAUAUUGCACCAUACCAUACUAAAGCAUUAAUAGCCUGGAUACCAUAGCAGACCAAACACAACACUCACUCCUAGUCAUCCUCCUCAAACAAUUACUUUAAGCCACUCCAUCUGUUCCAUCAAGAUUAAAAAAAUCUCAAAUAUUCGAAAAUGAGCAUUAAUUAUUAAAGCAUUCAAAAAGCUGAUAAUGAACCGUUUUUUAAACAAAACUAGGGCAACAUUGAACGGAUUAUUUUAUUUUUUUGAGUUAAAGUUUUACUUUCAUUCAAUUUUUCAAUGAGCAUAUCCCGAGGGGAAGAUAACACAACGGGAAAAAAAUUUAUGAUUUCCCACCGUAGUGGGAAAAUUUCCCAUCAUGACGGGAAAUUUCACAUCAUGGUGGGAAAUCGACGGGAAAUCGAUGGGAAAUUUCCCAUCGCAGUGGGAAAUUGAUGGGAAAUUUCCCAACGUGACACCAAUUCGGGGCAAAUUUAAAAAAAAACUGGAAAUUGUUUUUGGAAUGGUUUGAAUUACACUCUCGGUGCAUAUUUUUUUUGAAGAGGACAUUAAAAUUGAUGCAAUAACCAAAUUUCAGGUAAUAAGAUGUUGUUUCGUUAAUUCUAGGGCUGUUUGAAGUUAAAAAUAAUUAAAUAAGGAUUAAAGUUAUUGAAAAACGCUUUUCAGUUCCUAAUAGUAUGAUGUAAAAGCUUUAUUUUGUUGCACAUUUAAAUUUAUAAAUUUGUAGUUUUGGUACUUAGGAAAAUAGCUUCAAGCGUGCCGCAAAUAUUUUAGAUGGAGAUUUUUCGGGUAGUAAAACCAUAUCUCCUUUCCUUUUGAGUUUUAAUAGUCUUAGUUAUGCAAAAUUUUGUUUCUAAGUUGUAUUUCUAGAAAUGUCGUUUUUGAGAUUAUUUUCUAAUUUGGGGUCAUUCAUAAACAAAGCCUAUAUUCAUGACCAGUAUCAAAAGUAACCAUCAAGUAUUAUACAUCAUUAGAAUGGUAUGAAACUUGUGAAAAUGUCUUAUUUGUCUGUCUGUCAUACAAAAUUCGAAGUUUCAUACCCUGCAGUUCGAAAUUUUCGAAAUUAACAAAAAAAUAAAAACUUAAAUUAAACAAGUUUUGUAUUAAAUCUAGAUGAAACUUUUAUGUGGUCGUUUAAUGAUAAGCAUAAUAUAGCUAUAUCUUUUUGAAAACAAUCAAAAACUCCAAUAAAAUCACUAAAAUUUCAACGGUUUUUUUCAAAUUUAAAUUUUUCGAACGUGCAUAUUAUAACUCCCUUAGACUUUCGAUAAGUCUGUCGAACAUGAACUGUUCGUAUCAGGUAUUAACUAUAAAUUAAGCUAUAAUAAACUGAAAACGGAUUAAAAAGUAUUUUGUUUUGUAAGAGUUAGAGCAGUUUGAGAAAUAUGAAAAGGAUACAACUCGUCAUAAAUCAAAAAGUACCCUAUAUCUUGACAAAUAUUGAACUUUUAUUGGGACCCCAGUACAUUUUUGUGUUAGCAAUCAGUAUUUAUCAGAGCUAAGAUAUUUGCGGAACGUACGAAGAUAGUUUUCCUAAGAUUUUUAUACAUCCUAAAUUUCAUUAUGUUUUAAAAUAAAUCUUUUAUUUGAAUAGGGAUUGAAAAGCGUUUUUCAAUAACUUUAAUCAUUGUUGAGAACUUUAAGUUCAAAAAGGACAGGAAAAAAGACAGAAUUUUCGUCUAUUUUUAUCUUCAAACAGCCCUAGAAUUACGGAAAUAACUCCAAAUGACCUAAAAUUACGAUUAGAAGUCAAUUUCGAUGUCCUCUACAAGAAAAAAAUGCCCCGAGAGUGUAAUUCGAAACAUUGAAUGAAUAUAAAAAAAAUUCUUGAUUUUCGCUGUCUUCAAUAUUGCCCCGUAGUGUGGUGGGAAAUUUCCCGUUGUGAUGGGAAAUCGACGGGAAAUUUCCCAUUGCGAUGGGAAAUCGACGGGAAACGAUGGGAAAUUCCCAUCGUGGUGGGAUAUUUCACACCAAUUUCACAUCGAAAUUUUUUCCCGUUGUGUUGUCUUCCCCUCGGCAUAUCCACUUAGUUUUUUUUUCUCAAUUUUUAAUUGGAGAAUUAAAGUUUAGAGACAUCAAUCUGCGGUCUCAAUAAAUUCACACGAGAGAAUGUAGGACAAGGCUAUAUCAAAGUGGAACUUGAAGAUUAGAUCACAGCGUGUAUGUCAUGGAAUUCCAAUGUCGCGAGAAAAAAAAAGUGAAAUAUUCACAGCGAGUUGAAAUUUAUUUUGCAAGUGAUGACGAGACAAUUGAAAAAAAAGAGCAUCAGCAGCAACAAAACAUGAAGAAUGUGAAUUACGGCGGUGUAUGGUGCAUCAUUGAACGUUAGUGUGGGUCAUGGAUGAUGAUGAAAAAAAAGAGAAGAAAAAAAAAAGUUUUAUUUUUUCGCACACAACCACAAAGACAUGCGAAUGCACAAACUAAGUCACUCAUACAAUGAUUGAUUCCACAAUUCCGUUCAUUCGUCGCAUUAAAAGAGUUUUUUUUUUCUAAAGCAACCCAAUUUCCAUUUCACUGUAAUCGAUUUUCUCCACGCGAAAUAUUUUUUUGUAGCAGAGUUGGUGUUGAUUUUGGGAGUUUGUGAUAUCAAUAUUUGAUCUUAAGCUUCAAUCCUCUGGACAUAGCCUCAAUAAUUUUGAAUUUAACCUCAAAAGCCCCAAUUUAAGUUGAAAACGUUCUGAAUUAACCACAAAAAUGCUUAAUUUGGCUCAAAAGUUCACAAAAUUCCAAUCAUUUUGAGUUAAAGUUUGGUUUUUUGAGGUUGAGUUUAAAAAUUCUUUCAGUUAAAGUUUCUUGACGCAAAACUUAAACACAAAAUAACCAACUCUGUCAAAAAAAUCACAAUUUUCCUCAUUUUUUUCAAAUAAUUCAAUUUUUUUAUAAACUUUAAUCUUCAAAUUCACUUAAUCACUAAACCAACUCUGCAUUCAUUGAAAAAAAUGGAGCUACACAAUUUUCACUUCCGGAAUGGUGCCGGAGGUCAGUUAAUUGAAUUUUCUCACUCAAUUUCGACUCCACCGGACUCACCAGUAAUCAAAUUUUGCACUUCCAUCCUUAUCGAUGGCAUUGAAUUCAUUUUUGUGUCGCAUUUCUAAAAACUUUUAAUAAAUUUUUGCGAAUUUCUUUCACAGCACAACGAAAAAAAAAACUUUUUUUUGUGUGUUGGCGACAAAAAAAUUUCCAGAUGGUUUAAAAAUUUUUCCACGUGAAACUUUUGUACUUUUUGAUUAAAAUUUUAUGUCUCGUUAUGAUUUCUGUCAAUUUUUCUACACAAAAUUGAUUAAAAUUGAGUUAAAAUAAUUUAUUUCGAGUAAAUUUUCUGCUUUAAAGCCUCGCGACGUCCACGAUUCUUUUGAAUUUUUUUUUUACUUUAUUGUAUGAGAAAUUCUCACAAAUACAAAUGCAAUUUUCUCACUUUUUUCUCCAUUUUAUUUCUUUUGAUUUCUCUUCUCAAAUUCUUCCUGUGUAUGUUUAGACCUAACUGCACUGCUGUCUACACACUAUAGAGAAAUUAAUACCUUGUGCAUGUAUUAGUCAGCAUGAGAGAAUCAAAUAUGAGAGAUGAGAGAGGCGAAUGAACUUCAAACAGUUUUUUUUUCUUUUUUAAUUCUUCCCUUCUUUUAAAAAUUAUUUUUCGUAUUUCGUCGUCGUCGUUUUUUUUUGUUGUUGUUGUUAUUGGAUUUUAUGAGAAGAGAAAAAUAAAUUCUUCUUAUUGUGCUGGUUUUUAAGUAAAAAUGAGGAAAGCAAAAACUGUUGAAGUAGUUUAAAAAAAUUGAAAUUUUUCCCGGAGAUUACGAACGUUAAAAGCUUUGAAGUUGACAAAAUGUUUAUUUUAUGAGAUUGCACUUGUUUUAAUUAUUUUUAUUGAGUUUACAAUUUUUCUUCAAUUUUUUAAUUUGACUUUAUGAUUAAUAAUGUUAAAAUUAAAUCUUUUAAAAAUUUCUUUUAUUUAAUAAAGAAGAAAUUUGAAUAUGCUUAAAAUAUUAAAAUUA